AAUUGUAUAAAUUGAAUAUAUGUUAAUUUCUUGUCGCAUGUCGAGAGCUUACAGAGCACCAAUCGCUGAGUCGAAAAUCGCCACUAAUGGGCGGCAAGGGCGAGAUUAUUCAGAUACACAUCGGCCAGGCGGGCGUCCAGAUUGCGAAUGCCUGCUGGGAGCUCUAUUGCCAUGAGCAUGGCAUCAUGUACAACGGACGCCUGAUGAAACCCUGCGACGAUUCCUUCCUAACGUUCUUCGAGAUCAGCGGAAUGCAGCCAACAGUGCAGCCUCGUCUGGUCAUGAUUGAUACGGAACCAACUGUUAUCGAUGAGAUACGCACUGGAGCUUAUCGGAAUCUCUUUCAUCCGGACACGCUGAUUACGGGCAAGGAUGACAGUGGCAGCAAUUUUGCUCGUGGCUAUAAUCUGAUGGCCAGCGAGCUCCUAAAUCGCGCCAUGAAUGCCAUACGCCGUGUUGCGGAUCACUGUCACAAUCUGCGCGGCUUCCUCAUCUUUCGUUCCAUUGGCGGCGGCACUGGCUCCGGUCUGGGCACGCGCAUAAUGGAAAAGCUAGUCGAAGACUUUGGCAAGAAAAUGACUGUUGUGGAGUUUUUAGUGUAUCCAUCGCCAUCAAUUUCACCUGUGAUUGUGGAACCGUAUAAUGCACUUCUUUCCACCCACUUCUCGAUGGACUAUGCGGAUGUCUCCUUCAUUGUGGACAAUGAAGCACUGUACGAUAUCUGUGCUCAAACCUUAAAUGUGCCGGCGCCCACAUACACGAAUCUGAAUCGCAUAAUUGGCCAAGUAGUUGCGGCUUUUACGGCCACACAGCGUUUCUCGGGGCAAUCGGUGAGCUUUCAGGAGCUGCAGACGAAUUUGGUGCCAUAUCCGCGCAUACACUAUCCUCUAUUGAAUUAUGCACCACUGGUACCCGUCUCCCACUCAGAGUUCGUAGACCUGAGCACCGCCCAGCUGACGAGCCAGUGUUUCUCGAUGAGCAACCAAAUGGUCCGUUGCAAUCCCGAGCAUGGCAAAUACAUGGCCUGUGUGCUGUUCUAUCGGGGCGAGGUCGCGCCCAAUGAGAUCAACUUGGCGCUGGAGAACAUCAAGCGGUCCAAGUCCUUUAGGUUUGUCGACUGGUCACCCACAGGCUUCAAGAUCGGGGUGAGCCCCGUGCCGCCAGUUUUUGUACCCCAUGGCGACCUGGCGCCCACAAAAAGCGCCUGUGUUGCCAUCUCAAACAAUACAAAUAUACGGAUGGCCUGGUGCCGAUUAGUCAAUAAGUUCGAUAAGCUCUAUCAACGGCGCGCCUUCGUCUAUCACUAUGUGGGCGAGGGUCUCGAGGAGGGCAACUUCAAUGAGGCAUCCGAGAAUAUAUGUCAGCUGGUCCACGAUUAUAUUGAGGUGGAUGCCUCGGCGCCAACCUCUCGCCGCGAGUCCAAUGACGGCGAAUAACCCCGAAACACUUUUCCUGUCCAUCCAAGCCUUUGAAUAAAACCAAAAUUUCAUGUUUAUACACUCGGAAAAAAUGU